GGCUUAUUCCUGGGCUUUUGGUUCUUGGUCUUUGGUGGAUGCACUUUAGCUGGGUAGAGCCAUUGGACUGUCCUGGCCGGAUAGUGCCUUCCCAAGUGAGUGAGAUCUUUUCUACCAGGCAACGUGGCUUUACGCUCACAUCCAAAAGUUCCCAGUUCCUACAUAGUUACUGGCUUCUCCAUUUUGAGGCAGUUCCCUUCUUGGGAAUUCCUUUGAUACAGCUCUGGGCCUGGGUGCCCAUUGCUCCACAUGCCACGGAGCUUGUUCUAGAAUUCAAGGACCAACGACGAGGCCCCAACAGGUUUCUUCUGGGCUCUUUUCCCAUUAUUUUUUCAAUCUAUCAGUCAGAGAGAGGAUCAUUACUGGAUAUCUACUGCUUACUAACUUAUUGGAUGGAGGUGGUGCCCACCCUUAUGACAGAGGAGAAGAUUCCACCCACCAACGUGGCUGAGGCCAGCCUGAAUGAGUGCUUCAGUGCCGAAGGCAGGCGGGACGCAGUGCUGCUGCUGCUGUUCAUGCCUUCCCUCCACAGCCAGCCGCCCCUGUUUCACCUGCCGUAUGUCCAGGAGCCCUUUAGUCCUAAUGUAGAGCAGCUGAUCCUGGGGAUCCGUGGCCAGAAUCACCAGGAGCCAGACCGAGGCCAAGCUCCUGUUCCAGCAGAGAGGCUCUGUCGCUUGCAGGAGCGCAAGGUGAACCUUCACAGAGCAGCCUGGGGCGAGUGUAUUGUGGCACCCAAGACUUUCAGCUUCCCUUCCUGUCAGGGGACCUGCCUAGCUCUCAACAGUGAACUCCCUCAGUCCAAUUUUGAGUGCUAUAAGAGGGAGGCGCCGACCUGUUCCUGGCUCUUCCAGGUCUGUGGUCCCACCAGGGCCAAGCUGUUCUCCUUGAUGGUGCAGGAUGAUGAGUACAAGAUGAGCGUGCACUACAUGAACACAUCACUGACAGAAGCAUGCGGCUGCUCUUGAAAAACCUGGGAGCCUCCUUUUUGGCCCCACCUGUAAUCCUUGGGAUGCUAGUGAGGGGAUGGGAUCAGUUCUCAUGGCAGCUAGAGCUCUUUGAAGGGGGUUGGGUUUUGACUUCUACUUUCUCAAAGCACAAGUAAGGAUGGAGCAAUGGGAGUAACCCCUUCUUGUAUGCUUCUCCAUGAUGUGAAAAUAAAGUCCUCUAAUGUUCUCAGUCACUCUCAUCACCGGGGUUGGGGUCCACUGAAUGCCCAGAUGUCUGAAUAUUGCUGUGUCCUAGAUCAUGUGAGUAACCCAGGCUUAGAGGGACUGAAUGGGAACAUGCUAGCUCUUGGUGUUGGGGUGAGAUUGUUACUGGUGUUAAACAGAAUUCUGCUUUGGACCCUUCUAAAUUAUUGUCCUUCUCUGUACUGCAGGCUUGGGUGUUGGACUGUUAAUUCCUCCUUGUCUAGGCUUCUAGGUCUCUUUGGAGUGAGGUCUCUGUCCAAGGGAGUAUGAUGUCACAGGCUAGUCAUGGAUUCAGGGCACCAAAACCUUCUUACUGAGGGGAAGGUGUCAGAUGAGAUCCAGGGAGCUGCUUAGAGUAGAGGAUAUCAUUGGACACUGAUCCUUGAUCAAGGGGCCUUUGGCCUCAUGGAAAGGUUAAGUCUCACUGUCAUUUGAAGAAUUUUCUGUUAAUGACUUUAACAUAAUGGUAUUUUUUACAACCUUCAAUAAAAUCUAAUUACA